AUGAUGUUCCCCAUGGUCUCAUCGGCGAUCAGUCGUUUUCGCGGCCCAGGACGGUCACUGAACGACGAGCCUCCGCCCAAUGAAGGGGAGUCAAAUACCACCGAUGAAGAGAGUCAAGAACCACACUACCCUACCCUCUACGAUGUGUUGAAGACUCGACAUCUUCUGCGCUGGAAGGUCGUCCCUGAAGGACUCCCGUUAGAGAUCGUGGAUCUGAUUGUGGAUGCGGCCGAGUAUUGGGCUUCGGUCGAAUCCAAAAUGAACGGACAUAGGGUCAUACGGCAGGAUGGCGAUCAGGUUCUUGUGAGAACAGGGCCGUUGUGUUAUGAUGAGAAGACCUUGGAUAGCCCGUCACCAAAGGUACUUCCUCAUCGAACAGUCCACCCAUGCCGUAAGAUUGUCUUUUCUAUCUCCGCCCAUGAUCAGGGCUGGGGUAGUAGUCGUCGACUGGACCAGAGUGCAUUCGACGGGUCCAACACCUGGUUUGACAUAGAAGUGGUCCACUCCGCAUAUGAACGGACACAAGAGGCAGCCUCCCCGAUUCCAGAAGCAGGGCCAACUGGGAUCCGACUGGGGCCCGGCCAUCCCCUUCUAAACCCUAGCCCUCGCAAGCUGCAGUCCAACCGGACGCAUGAGAGGAAAACCGAACACUACACGAUCACCUGGCAUCAUCUCGACCAUACCCCUGCUGAUUCAGCGGAGGCAGAGGAGAUCGAACGUUCUCAGGGUCGGGGGCGGGCCACACUAGAUGGCAGCCAAGUCCGCACACUCGAGGUGGGCGAUGCGAUCUCCAUCUGGGGACGAGCUCGCUAUGGGGGAUGGUCUAAUCAUGUGGAGAGGGUGUCGGUGCGCAUUUUCUGGGCCAUCUGA